AUGUGGGUUCUGGAUAAGAUCCGAGGGUCGGUGGAGACUGGUGUGCUGCGACAGGGUGAAAAUGGGGAUAAGAAAGGCGUUGCACCAGCCUACAGCAACGUCCUCACCCCUGACAAGAUCCCUGACUUUUUCAUCCCACCGAAGCUGGUCAGCUGCCCUCCAGAGCCCGAGAUUCCAAGCUUGAAGCCCAAUGAGGGACUGCAGCCUUCCACUUCAGAGCAAACCAUUGGCAGUGGGAAGAAGAUCAGCAGCCCAAGAAGCCCACGUUUGGUAGCCAAGAUCGCUGGGGACACAAAGAACUUGUUGAGAGCAGCAAACCGCCACAUCAUACAGAUAGAGAGUGCUGAUGAUGUUGUGGCUGGAGACACCAAUGCAGAUCCCCAGUCACAGACUGCCAUGUCCCUACCUUAUGUUCCCAAGACCCAAACCUCAUAUGGCUUUGCGACAUUGAAGGAAAGCCCCCAUACCCGCCGUAAAGAGUCACUAUUCCAUAGUGACAUUUCCAGCCCCAUCACCUCCCCAAACACCCAGAGAAAGACUCAGGGGAAAAGCAGUGAAGGAGGAAAUCAUCUGAAUCCAGCUGACUUCAACACUUCUCACAUGAAUCCGUAUCGAUACUUCAGUGGUGGGGAAAGUGACACCUGCUCCUCAGCCGAGUCCUCUCCCUUCAGCUCUCCUCUGCUAUCCCGCUCCGCCUCCCUGCUCAAGAUCUUUACCCACGAGACACAGGCAAAGGUGGUGAAAGCCAAGCGGACAUUCGCUCGCCACAGCUCCCUCUCCACUGAUGAGUGCAGCUCAGCUGAGCCCAGCCCUAACAUUCAGCGACGUCUCCAUGUACCCUCCUUCCACGGCGGUGCAGGAGGGUCAGACCAUGGGCUGCAAAGAGAGCACACCAUCAACCUGCACAAAGGUGGAACGGUGAGGAUCAGUGCCAACUAUGACCCCAGCACCUCCCGCCUGCUCAUCCGAGUCCUGGUAGCAGAGAGUCUUUAUGACAAGCACUUUGACAUCAAGAGUAUCAACUGCUGCGUGUCCGUCUACCUGAACCCGGGCAAGCUGCAGAAGCAAAGGAGCAACAUCAUCAAGAACAGCCGCAACCCUGUCUUCAACGAGGACUUCUUCUUUGACUCGAUAAGCUCAGUGCAGGUGAAGAGCCUGUCAGUGAAGUUCAAGGUGGUAAACAAAGGCACCAGCCUCAAGAGGGACACACUGCUGGGAGAGCGAGAAGUGCCGCUAACAAAGCUGCUUGCAGGGCUCUAA